UCAGAAACGUGCGGUAACGGAUACCGUGCCAGGGGGGGACCACUCUUAAACGCCACACCCGUCACACACCCCGAAGGUGAAUCAACGGUAACAGAGGGGGCUGGAUAGAGCCUUGUGACAGUGACAGUCUACCGGGAGUUUCCCCCCUACGCAGAUAGGCGAAUAAAAGACGGAAAGAGGACGUAUCGCGCAUGGUCCGAGAGAGGAAGCGCAUCUGGAGACGGACUACAGCAUCAGCAACAGAACAAGCUUCCUCUGGUUGACUGACGACCACAAAGGAUCAUGGGAGGUGUUGUUCUAGAUGAGGGUCCUGGGGGGGUGAAGGCUCCAGACGGGGGCUGGGGAUGGGCGGUGCUGGUCGGAUGUUUCGUCAUCACUGGUUUCUCCUACGCCUUCCCUAAAGCGGUCAGUGUGUUCUUCAAGGAGCUGAUAAGGGAGUUUGGAGUGGGCUACAGCGACACGGCCUGGAUCUCCUCGAUACUCCUUGCCAUGCUGUAUGGCACAGGCCCUUUGUGCAGCGUGUUGGUGAACAGGUUCGGCUGCCGUCCAGUAAUGAUGGUGGGAGGGUUGUUUGCGUCGCUGGGUAUGAUCCUGGCUUCCUUUGCUACCAGCAUCUUACACAUCUACCUCUGCACUGGAGUCAUCACAGGUCUGGGCUUGGCGUUGAACUUCCAGCCCUCCCUGAUCAUGCUGAACCGCUACUUCAGCGAGAAGCGUCCGCUGGCUAACGGGCUGGCGGCGGCGGGCAGCCCCGUGGCGCUCUGCUGCCUCUCCCCCCUGGGCCAGGUGCUGCAGUACCAGUUUGGCUGGAGGGGGGGCUUCCUCAUCCUGGGGGGCCUGCUGCUCAACUGCUGUGCCUGCGGGGCUCUCAUGAGGCCCCUCCUGGGGCCCCCCAAGCCCCAAGACCCAGAGAAGAACCCUGGAGGGGAACAGAGGGAGGAGAAGCCUAAACCGAAGAAGAAGCCCCUGCUGGACUUCAGUGUGUUCAAGGACCGUGGGUUCCUCAUCUACACCAUCGCGGCCUCCAUCAUGGUGCUGGGGCUGUUCGUGCCCCCCGUGUUUGUGGUGAGCUACGCCAAGGAGAUGGGGAACGAGGACACCAAGUCAGCCCUGCUCCUCACCAUCCUGGGGUUCAUAGACAUCUUCGCGAGGCCUACCUCGGGCCUGAUCGCUGGGACGAAGUGGGUGCGGCCCAGGUGCGUGUACCUGUUCAGUUUCGCCAUGCUCUUCAACGGGUGCACCGACCUUGUUGGAUCCCAGGCGACCACCUACACAGGCCUGGUGGUUUAUUGUAUCUUCUUUGGGAUCUCCUACGGAAUGGUGGGGGCGCUCCAGUUUGAGGUUCUCAUGGCGAUCGUGGGCACGGAGAAGUUCCCCAGCGCUAUAGGCCUGGUGCUCCUGAUGGAGGCUAUCGCUGUGCUAGUGGGACCCCCUGGAGCAGGCCGCCUACUGGAUGCCACCCAGAACUACAUGUUUGUGUUCCUGCUGGCAGGGAUUGAGGUCACGCUAUCAGCCCUGGUGCUGGCAUCAGGGAACUUCCUGUGCAUCAAGAGGAAGCAGGAAGAGCCAGAGGCCAAGCUGGAGAUGGCCGUGACCACCGCAGAGAAGCAGGGGCUGAACGGAGGGGACCAGGAGGAGGAGGAGCAGGAGGAGACAGGCAGAGAGAACGGGGCAGCAGGAGUGGAAGGAGGGAGGGACGGUGUCACGACAGACUCAGGGGAGAAGAACGGAGGACUAGUGAACUCUGAGACAUCUCUUUGAAGAGAGAAUUAUAUAUAUAUAUGAAUGGAGAGAUUUGAAGCGAUAUGGUGGUUUGCUGUGAUCGUGAGUCAAGAACAUCACUAUCAGGAAAGAAAGAGAAAGGCACACUCAGAAGGGUGGCACAGAGAGAAGGGGAGAGACAGAAGGUCAGACAUGGUAGACACUCCUAAUGUCUAACACCAUGAGAUGAAAAGGGGAAAUUCACACAUAAAAGCAUUUAACCAUCGCAAUAUCUGCUUGGGACUCUUGGGAAUAUUUGAACCAAUUCAGUUUUCAGUAUUAUUUUUAAACUAUUUCUAUGUGUUAUGAAGAAAUCGCAAUUUAUCUUGUCUGUAUUUAUUUUCAUGCCAUGACGAACUAAACAUGACUAUAUGUUUGUUUGAACUUUUUUCAGAAUUGUGACAUUCUGUUCUCUCAAUGACUUCAGCACCAUCGGGGUCAGUAUUUUGUUGUAGAUAUCGUCUACCUGUUACAUUGUGUACAGGUAUCCUGUCUGGAUGUUUGUGUGUGAGGUCAGUGUCAGAGCAUUAUUCUACUAUAAGGAAGUAUAUUCCAGUGGACGUAUAUUGAAUGUAAACCUGCACAGGGAUCAAAGGAUUACUGCCCCACACACACACACAAAAACCCUGUAAGCGCUUGUGUUGACCUUCACAUAAAUAUAUUUGCUGUU